AUGGCAACGAGAGGCCACCACUUUCCCCUCGCUUGCCGGCCUCGCCGUAAAGCGCGUCGCCCGGCCGUCGUAAAGGAAGAACGCGACGGGAAAAUCCGGGACGCGGCGGCGGCCGGGCCACGUGGCGCCGAGUCCUUAGCAACGCGGCCUGGCGGCUUCCCGGCCUUAGCAACGAGCAUGGCGGAGCCCCCGCCCAUCACACUGGCCGAUCCAACGGAGCGCUACCACGAGCUGGCCUUCGAGCUGCUCCGCCACUGCCUGGGCCGCGGCACCCAGCCCGCUCAGGCCCUGCCCGUCCUCAUGCCGGCCCUGGCCCGCCGCCUCUGCGAGGCCGGGCCCGGCGCCGCCGGCGACUCCCGCGAGGCCUGCGAGGAGCUCCGCCUCGGCCUCCUCCGCCUCCUCGGCCUCCUCCUGCGCCUCUGCCCCGCCGCCGCCCUGGCCCCCUACCUGCCCGAGGCCGUGCGCGUCCUCCGCGCCGCCCUCCUCGACCCCUUCCCCGAGGCCAAGCGCGAGGCCUGCGCCGUGGCCGCCCAAGCCGCCAAGGCCCUGCCAGAACAUUUCCACAUGCAGUCAGAAAGCUUGAUCAGCCCGUUAAUGCAGUCCGUUUCCCACCAGCACUUCCGGGUCCGCGUUGCUGUGAUUCAGGCCACGGGAGCCGUGAUUCAGUUUGGCAAUGCAAAGUCUCUGGACGAUGUGCUUUCUCAUCUCGCCCAGCGAUGUUUUGACAGCAUCCCGCAGGUUAGAGAAGCCGUGAUCGUCGUCAUGGGGGAGUGGCUGCUGCAUCUACGAGACCGGUACUCUUUCUUUCACAAGCUGGUCCCUCUGCUGCUCAGCGGCCUUGCGGAUGAAAUGCAUGAGAACCGGGAACUGGCUCUGAGUUACUGGAAGAAAGUAGGCUUGCAGUGGGAAAAAGAAAACGAAGAUGACAUUAAAGAUAAACUGGACUUCUAUAGCGCGCCACCUUAUUAUCCUCAAGGAGUGGCUCGACCAGGACUGGGCUGCCGGGAGCUGGUGAUGAGGCACCUCUACAGAAUCCUCCCCGGGCUCUGCCACGAUCUGACCGACUGGGUCGUGGGCACCAGAAUAAAAGCCUCUCGGCUUCUCUACAUCCUGUUGCUGCACGCGGAGGACCACGUCACUCAGCACAUGGAGCUCCUCCUCAGGACUUUGUACCGCGUGUGCUUGGACGAGGAAAUCCUCGUGGGCAGGGAAUGUCUGAAAGCAGCAGAACUGAUCGGCAUGUUCGUCAGCCCUGCUGUGUCCCUGAAGCUGAUUGUGUCGGACCUCGAGAAAGCGCCCCAGCCUUCCCACCUGAUGGUUCUCUCCGCCGUGACACGUGGCUCCCCGAGGGACGUCUUGCAGCCUCACUUGGGGCACCUGACCGACACCCUCUCCCACCCGCACGUCAGCCAGUGCACGGCAGAGGUCUCUUAUCUGGAGCAGUUACUCGGCUGUGUGGAAGCUCUCCUCGAAACGUGCCAAGAAGACUGUAAAGAGGUCAGUCUCCAGCUGAUGAAGAUCCUGGUCACCGUCAUGGCCAUACCGACUGUCGGUCAUCUUCACGAACAGAUAGAAGAGGCCAUGAAGUCACUGGCGGAAGUGCAGGGCCUGGUGGGCUUGGUGGGCCUGUAUCGGCAGCACAUCUCUGAGCUCAUGCAGUGGGUCUCCUCAGCCCCCGACACCUGGACCUGCUACUCGUCUGAACUGCUGCAGCUGGACGUCGUCGCCACUCAUUCAGGCCCUGCCAUAGGUGAAGCCCUUCAAGAACUUUUUCUCAUUCUGAAAACGUGCCUUCAGACAUCCAAAGACCCCUUGAUGCGUUUGAAGCUGUUCUCUACUCUUUCACAGUUGCUUCAAGAACCAAACAAGACUAUAAAUUCGGAAGGGCAGUUUUGUAACUACCUUGAGAUCGUGAUAAAAGACAUCCUGGCUCCUAACCUGCAGUGGCGAGGGGGAAGGACGGCAGCUGCCAUCCGCACCACGGCAGUGUCCUGCCUCUGGGCUCUGAUCGACAGUGGGCUGCUCUCGCCAGAAGAGACUCUGAACGUCGAGCGUUUGCUGCUGCCCCAGAUCCUGGCCACGCUGGACGAGGAUUCCAAAAUGACCCGCUCGCUCUCCUGUCAAAUAAUCGGUGUUUUCCUGGAGGUCAGCGGGAAGCAGUUUCAACCUGAGAAGCUCACCACCAUUUAUCCUGAACUGUUGAAGCGUUUGGACGACGCGUCUCACGAUGUCCGACUAGAAGCCGCGAAAGCCCUGGUCUCCUGGUUCCGAUGUGUCGACGACGACAAGAAGGCCCUACUGAAAACCAACAUCGAGUUUCUCUACCAGGAGCUGUUGGUUGAACUGGAUGACCCCAACCAAAACAUCCAGCUGGCCGUCUUGGAUAUUUUGAAAGAAGGAGGGAUUCUCUAUCCAGAUCUGCUGGCUGAACAAAUCAAAGCUGUCCUGCACAAACACCGUUCUCCAACCUACCUAGACCAGUUGCUCUUACACAUUGAAUCUACUGGAUGGAGAUACUCCAAAUCCUAAAUAGUGCCCUUUGGCAAUGGACAAGCACCGUCUUAUAGUAGGAAUUGAGAAUUGUUACCAUAGAACGAUUGACCCUUCUGUAAAUGGACUAUUUUGUUAGUAGUUAUUUUAAAAAAACCAAAAAACCCAGAAAACACAAAAUCCUAGCUUUUUUUUUACAAGUGUUUGUCAAGAACAAAUGUUCCAAGUUAUA